ACGGACCACAACUCGGACAACACGACGGCGAUGCUGCGGGAGUGGCUGGGGGCGGUGGGGAAGGACUAUCACUCGGUGGCCUGGAAGGUGCAGGAGGAGCCCAGCUCCUACCCCGACGAGCUCGGGCCCAAGCACUGGAGUGACAAACGCUAUGAAAACCUGAUGAGGCUGAAGCAGGAGGCUCUCACCUAUGCCCGGGAGCAGCGGGCGGACUAUGUCCUGUUUGUGGACACCGACAGCAUCCUGACCAACAACCAGACCCUCAAGUUUCUCAUGGCGCAGAACAAGUCGGUGGUGGCUCCCAUGCUGGACUCGCAGACCUUCUACUCCAACUUCUGGUGUGGCAUCACACCCCAGGGGUACUACCGCCGGACGGCCGACUACUUCCCCACCAAGAACCGGCAGCAGGUGGGCUGCUUCGCUGUCCCCAUGGUCUAUGCCACCUUCCUGAUCGACCUGCGGAAGGAGGAGACGUCACGGUUGGCUUUCUACCCGCCCCAUCCCAACUACACCUGGGCCUUCGACGAUAUCAUUGUCUUCGCCUACUCCUGCCAGGCAGCCGGCGCAGAGGUCCACCUGUGUAACCAGCAGCGCUUCGGCUACAUCAACGUCCCCGUGAAGGCCCACCAGACGCUGGAGGACGAGCGUGCCAACUUUGUGCAUCUCACGCUGGAGGCCAUGGUGGAUGGCCCCCCCAUGCAGCGCUCCAGGCACAUCUCCCUCCUCCCCAAGCCACUCACGAAAAUGGGCUUUGAUGAAAUCUUCCUCAUCAACCUGGUGCGGAGGCCAGACCGGCGCCAGCGGAUGCUGGCAUCCCUGUGGGAGCUGGAGAUCGCCCCGCGGGUGGUGGACGCCGUGGAUGGGAGCACCCUCAACAGCAGCGACAUCAAGGUGCUGGGGGUGGACCUGCUCCCUGGGUACUACGACCCCUUCUCUGGCCGCACGCUCACCAAGGGCGAGGUUGGCUGCUUCCUCAGCCACUACAACAUCUGGAAGGAGAUCGUGUCGCGGGGGCUGGAGCAGUCGGUGGUCUUUGAGGACGAUGUGCGCUUCGAGGCUGCCUUCCCGGCGCGGCUGCGGCAGCUGAUGGAGGAGCUGGAGGGGGCACAGCAGGACUGGGACCUCAUCUACCUGGGGAGGAAGCAGGUGAACGCGGAGGACGAGGUGCCCGUGGAGGGUGUGCAAAACCUGGUGGUGGCUGGGUACUCGUACUGGACACUGGCCUAUGCCAUCUCCCGCCGCGGGGCGCAGAAGCUGCUGGCUGCAGAGCCCCUCUCCAAAAUGCUGCCGGUGGACGAGUUCCUGCCCAUCAUGUACGACAAGCACCCCAACGAGGAUUACAAGCGGCACUUCGCCCCCCGGGACCUGCUGGUGUUUUCGGCUCACCCCCUCCUGGUUUAUCCCACCCAUUACGCUGGGGACAGCAACUGGCUGAGCGACACCGAGACCUCCACCAUCUGGGACGACGAUACCAAGAAGACCGACUGGGCUGGCUCGCAGAAGACCCUGAGGGACUCACAGGGCAGUGCCGGCCACCUCCGCUCCACAGCCCGCGACGAGCUCUGA